UCAUGCGCCCGCCGCGUUCGGGAGAGAUGGACGAAUCCGCCUCCGCCUCCGCCUCCGGCGCACAGAAGCCUGCGUCGCGUACUCUAUCUAUAUAUACCGGCCGCUUCGCCGGAGAGCUCCAUCCAGCCAGCCAAGCCAAGCCAAGCGGGUCCGAUCGGAGGAGCAGAGGAAGAAGCAAAGCACGCGCACCGCAGGUCUGCAGCCACGAUGGCCCGCCGCAAGGUCCCCAUGAGGCUCAUCGAGAAGGCGCGGGCGCGCGCCGAGACGCACGCCAGGAGGACCAAGGGGCUGCAGAAGAAGGCGUCGGAGCUCGCCACGCUCUGCGCGGUCCCGGUCGCGCUCGUCUGCUCCGCCGGCAAGGGUGCUCCGCCGCUCGUGUGGGAGUCGGAGGAGGGAGUGCUCGAGAGGUACCGGCGCGCCGUCCCGGCCGAGACCCGCGCGCGGCACACGCACCGGAGCUACAUGGAGACGGAGCUGGGCAAGGAGAGGGCCAAGCUCGCCCGGGUGCGGCACGGCUGCCCCGGCGCGCUCGCGGACUGGGACGCCGCGCUCAACGACAUGACGCUGGAGGAGGCGCGGGGGCUGCUCGAGACCAUCGACGCGGCGCUGCGGGCCACGGGAGACAGGAUGGAGGCGCUGGGCAUACCUGCCGACGGCGGCCACGACCGGCUCGAGGGUUCUUCCCACGACGCCCUCAUGCCGCAGCAGCGCGGGUACGGUGUCGGCAACCCCGUGGACAUGGACGCCGCCGGCUUCCAGCAGCUGCAGAUGGUGCCGUUCCACGCUGGGAACAACGACGGCCUACUCGAGCAAUUCUCAUUGGACGAUCCCUUCGAGACGCAGCCAGGGUGCCGCGGCUUCCAAUGCGUCGGCGGCAACUACUCGGGCGGCGGCGACGCGAUGCUCUCGCCAGGCCUUGCCAAUGCCGACUACAACUACUCGGGUGGCGGCGACGAGAUGCUCACGCUAGGCCUCGCCAAUGCUGACUACAACUACUCAGCCAGCGGCGACAAGAUGCUCGCGCCGGGAUUCGCCAAUGCUGACUACAACUACUCGGCCGGCGGCGACAAGAUGCUCGCGCGGGGCAUCGCCAAUGCUGACUACAACUACUCGGCUGGCGGCGACGAGAAGCUCGCACUAGGCCUUGCCAAUGCUGACUACAACUACUCGGGCGGCAACGACAAGAUGCUCGCGCAGGGCUUCGCCAAUGCUGACUACAACUACUCGGGCAGCGGCGACGAGAUGCUCGCGCCUGGCUUUGGCAAUGCUGACUACGACUGGACUGAUCUGACCAUGUGGGCCACCGACGAGUUGUGCGAUGCAAUCAUGCCACUUGGGUGCUACCCUGACUUCGCGGACAGUACUCUGCCGGCCGAGUACUCCGCUCAGGUCAUCACCGGCGGGGACUACGUGAACACACCACCAUCUGGCGGGUAUGGGUACCCCAUGGACAUGGGCGUGGGCGACAACUUCAGUAAUCUCGACAGCAACUACAUGGCGCACUGGCAGUUCCAGCGCUUCGACACAAGCAGUCUGUUGUUAGGGGAAAUGCAGUCAUAAUUUUGGAGCUAGAAUAUUCUCACGCAUUUGAAGUUAGAGUUUUGCAGAUUUAUAUAAUUUACCUGUAUUAUGUCCAUCAUUUGUACGGAAAUUUUGAAACAUUAACCAUCAGUUAUUAUGGAAUUCUCA